GAUGGAGUGCCUCAACGUCGGUCUCAACACGCUCUUCAAGUUCGCCGCCGAUUGCGGCAUGAGCCGCCACGUCUUCCUCGUCUACGCCUACGCCGUCGCCGCCCUCCUCCUCCUCCCCUCCCUCUUCUUCUCCCGCCGCCGGUGCGUCGAUCUGCCCCUCCUUUUAAUGCUUUAUUUAUCUCGAUCAAUCUCCCCCGCCUUUUAAUUAAUUUAUUUGUUAAUUAAUUGAUUCUCUGUUUUGAUUUGAGAUCGCGAUUGCUGCCGUCGCUGAAUUCGUCGAUACUGCUGAAGAUGUUCCUGCUCGGAGCCGUGGGGUAUGCAUCGCAGAUAAUGGGGUAUACCGGCAUCAAUUACGGCUCUCCCACGCUGGCUUCCGCCAUGAGCAACCUCGCUCCGGCCUUCACUUUCCUGCUCGCUGUCAUUUUCAGGAUGGAAAAGGUGGAGUUAUCGAGCAGGACGAGCCGGGCUAAGCUUGCCGGCACAAUCAUCUCCAUAUCAGGAGCAUUUGUUGUAACAUUUUACAAAGGUCCUACCAUCAAUGCCUCAUUUUCAUCCUCUCCACCUUCAUUGCACCAACUAGUACUCGACUCACCUCGAUCAGACUGGAUCAUUGGCAGCCUAUUCCUCACCGUUGAAUAUAUGCUUGUGCCUGUGUGGUACAUUCUUGUGACGCAUAUUAUGAAAGAAUACCCUUCGGAGUUCACCAUCAUCUUCUUCUACACAUCUAGCGUGAGCGUUCUAGCUGCAAUCGCGGGGACUUUUGCAGAACCGGACUCUAGUAAAUGGAUGAUCAGACCUAAUGUUGCUUUGGUCUCUAUGUUAUGUUCGGGUGUCUUCAACUGUUGCAUAAACAACUCUGUUCAUUCUUGGGCGUUGCACUUGAGAGGUCCCGUCUAUGUCGCCAUGUUUAAGCCUCUCUCGAUCGCCAUAGCUGCAGCCAUGGGAGUUGUCUUCCUCGGUGACACUCUUUAUCUUGGGAGUAUAAUUGGAGCGACGAUAAUAGUGAUCGGGUUCUAUACCGUGAUGUGGGGCAAAGCGCAAGAAGAGUUUGGCGAGUUUGUGAUCGAAACGACGACGGAUUUGGAGUCGUCUAUGGAUCAAAACCAUCCGUUGCUACAAAAAAGCUACAAAAGCCAUGGCUUGCAGAAGAAGUGAAGUCAUACUUGCUAAAGGAAAUUAUAUAACCACCAUAAGUAGAUGGUUGUGGCCAUUUGAUUAUUUAGAAUUGUUAAGAGAAAAAUAUAUAUAAUGGUAAUGUUCAUGAUAUAUGUUUAUUGUGUCUAUAGGAAAGUAAUGGAGUAAACUUUUAAAGAAGAAAAUGAUGAAUUAUGUGACAUAAAGAGUAUAAAUUG